CGCUCCCGCGGCUGUUCGGUCACCAGUGUCACUUUCAAUCGGACUUUAGAGCUCCUAACUUCCACCACCGGAACUGUGAAUUUAUGCCGAACUUGUGCCUAGAAAUUUAUAAAGCUCCCGCUCCGACUGAUCGGAAUAAGGAUUUUCCAGUCAUCGGAAAUCAAACUCUCUUCGUUUAAGCGUCUGAGUAUCGUAGAACCUUCGAAGACGCGAGACUCGACAUAGGACGAAGAAGGAGAAGAAGUAAAACCUUCGACAGCACGUCUAUUAUGUUCUGAUGAAUAUGGCGUAUCCUACUUUCCUGAAGUUCUUGUUCGCUGCCGUAGUUUGGUGUACUGCAUAUGCUGCUGUGGCAGUUCUUGGGUCACUUCAGUUUUUCAAUUUUCUCCUUACCUCUAUAGUGUACUGAUAGAGCAAUUUGGAGAGCUGUCAUGGGUUAUGCACAGCUAGUAAUUGGUCCUGCUGGCGGCGGAAAGCUUUUCGAUCAGUCAACUUACUGUUCUAGCUGGUACCAACAUUGUGUUUCUGUUGGACGGACAAUCCACAUUGUGAAUCUAGAUCCAGCAACAGAAAGUUUCGACUAUCCUGUGGCGAUGGAUGUAAGGGAACUCAUUUCUUUGGACGAUGUUAUGGAAGAACUUGGUUUAGGUCCAAAUGGUGGUCUUAUUUAUUGCAUGGAACACCUUGAAGAAAAUUUGGAUGAUUGGCUUGCAGAAGAGUUGGACAAUUACUUGGACGAUGACUACCUGGUUUUUGACUGCCCAGGCCAGAUAGAACUCUUUUCACAUGUUCCAGUGCUUCGAAACUUUGUGGAUCAUUUGAGACGAAAGAACUUCAAUGUUUGUGGUGUGUACUUGCUUGAUUCACAGUUCAUGACGGAUGUUACCAAAUUCAUUAGUGGAUGCAUGUCAUCACUUUCUGCCAUGGUUCAGCUUGAAUUGCCUCAUGUCAGUAUUCUCUCCAAAAUGGACCUUGUUACAAAUAAGAAGGAUAAUGAUGAUUACCUAAAUCCAGAACCACGAGUUCUGCUCCCAGAGUUGAAUCAACAGAUGGCUCCUCAGUUUGAAAAGCUGAAUAAGGCUUUGAUUGAAUUGGUUGACGAAUAUAGCAUGGUCAGCUUUGUGCCUCUGGAUUUGAGAAAGGAAAGCAGUAUACAGUAUGUAUUGUCACAGAUUGACAACUGCAUACAGUGGGGAGAGGAUGCUGAUGUGAAGGUGAGGGAUUUUAACUCGGAGGGUGGCGAUUGAUGUCUUUUGUAUCCUGUUGUGGCUUGCAUAAUUUAGGACGCUUAAAAGCAAUGAGUCCAUCCCAGGAAUAUAUCCUCAAGACAAACAUUUUAUCUGCAUUCCGUCAGCUUUAUGGGAUCUUUUUGGCAAAACUAAGAGUUGUAUUUUUUUUUUUUUGGGGUGACACUAAUAGAUGUAGUUGACCUAUAUAUAUAUAUAUAUAUAUCUAUCUUUCAUGGA